CACACGACAGUCGCGGGCGCUUUACGGCAGAGCCAAUGGCUGCGAGGUGAUGAGAUUUGAUCUGGCUGCUGUCGGAGCGCUGAAGCUUUGCUGUCUGACGGUUCUGCUGGCUGUGUUGAUGCUGCCGGUGCUGCGGCGGCUGGGAUUGAGAGCUUUCUCCAUGGCAUCAGACUCAUACUCAUCCGGCACACACUCCGCGGCCUUCGUCACCUGCCCCAAUGACACGGUGGCCAAAGAGCUGGCCAGAGGAAUCGUGGAGAAGAAGCUGGCGGCGUGUGUGAACAUCGUCCCGCAGAUCACAUCUGUGUACGAGUGGCAGGGGAAGAUUGAGGAGGACAGUGAAGUUCUGCUGAUGAUUAAGACAAGAAGUUCAAAGAUUCCUGCUCUGGCUGAAUAUGUCCGGUCAAAUCAUCCGUACGAAGUGGCCGAGGUCAUCAGUUUACCCAUCGAUCAGGGAAACCCGCCGUAUCUCAAGUGGAUCGGAGACAUCGUGCCCGAGUGAAGCGACGUGAUUGUGCAGAACUUGUUUUCAUCAUUUGAUUUCUUUUUUUUUUUCAAACCAAAAAAAUGUACUUUGUAACAGCAGGAAGUGAACAUCAAAGACUCAAACCAGUUUGUUUCAUUUGAUGUAACAGGGCUGGCUUUGCACAGUUUGAUCUGUAUUAAAAGGUUAUAAACCACAAAAUGCA